CACUCUUCUAUAUCAUAGAAUAGAAAGUGAGGAGAAAGUUUGACCCUCAUAACAUUACCACAUAAAGUUUAGAGUUUAGGCAUUCAAUGGCUCACUCAUUUCAGGCCUUUCCUAUUCUCAUCCUUUAUCUUCUUCUUCCAUUCUCUAACACUGGUGGAACUCUAAAACCAGUGAAUGCACAAGCAUCUGGACAGUGGUGCGUGCCAAGACCUUCAGCUACAGAAGCGCAACUGCAAGAGAGUAUCCAGUUUGUGUGUGGUGAAAAAGGGUUGCCUGGCUGCUCUUUAAUUCAAGCUAGUGGCUCCUGCUUUUACCCAAAUACUACAAUCAAUCAUGCCUCUGUUGUAAUGAAUUUGUGGUACCAGAUAGAAGGAAGACAAACUGUCUCCUGUUGGUUCAAAAACACUGCUCUUAUCACCAUUACUGAUCCAAGCUAUGGCGAUUGCAAAUUUGCGUUUGGUCAGUAGAUGGAAGCCGAAGCAGCAUUUGUGAAAUUAAUUAUAGCAACAUCGUCCCUUUUUGAACUGUUAUUUACUUGUCUUGAUAUUUCCAACAAUAUCUUAAGGAGGUCGUCUUUACUUUUCCUACUUCUGUUUCCUUUUAUUCGGUUUCUGAAUAUUUUCUUCACCUUUUCCAAAACAUGAGGCCCAAGUAUGAAAAUUUUACAACGUUUUGACAGUUGAAUCCUAAAAUAUGUGGAAUUUGUAAUUCAUAAGAGCACUCUGUUUAGUUUUAUGAAUAUAAGAGUAGAGAAUGAUCCAUUAUAGUCACUAA